CUUCCGGUUUUAGCACAACUUUGAAAUUCACUUUUAACAAGUGGACGAGAGGGGGAAGAUCGGUGUUCUUCCGAUUAGUCGUGCUUGUUAGAUCGUAUUGAUAAUCGCUUGAGUAAUAUCGAAGACCAAGGACGAUGUAUGUGUGUUUUAAUCUGUUUAUGUUAAGUAGCUAUGUUUUUUAAUGGCAAUCUGUACCUACAUUGCUCUUUAUCCGUAAACUAAAGGAAAGUAAAGCAAAGUUAGUUUGGAGUGUGUCUGCUACACGGCUGAGGAAGGCUGCCAAGCGGCGCGGGGCAAUAACCAUGCCCGAGCUUUCCAAGAUGAGGAAGCCCGAUGUCAAGGUUGUCAUUCUGGGUGACAUGAACGUUGGGAAGACCUCACUGCUCCACAGGUACAUGGAUAGGAAGUUUAAAGACACCAUGAGCACCGUCGGAGGGGCGUUUUUCCUCAAACAGUGGGGACCCUACAAUAUCUCAAUUUGGGACACUGCUGGUCGGGAGCAGUUCCACGGGCUGGGCUCCAUGUACUGCCGGGGCGCUGCUGCUGCCAUCCUCACCUACGAUGUGACCAACUGGCAGAGCCUGGCUGAGCUGGAGGAGCGCUUCCUGUCCCUCACCGACACAGCCAAUAAUGACUGCAUCUACGCCAUCGUGGGCAACAAGGCUGACCUCACAGACGCCCAGGCCCAGCUGCUAGCCAACCAGGAUGGCCUGACAGCGGACCAGAGAGUGGGGGACUGGGAGAGGACUGGGGAGCCCAGGGUGCCUUCUGCCUGUCCCACCCCUCCAGCCUCCCCCAUCUCCCUGUCAGGGGUGUCAGUCAACAAGCAGGUGAGCCGGGAGGACGCAGAGGCGUUGUAUGGGAGGAUCCUUAGAUACAAGGGUCUGGAAGAGACGAACAGCCUGCCUGCGGACAAGAUGUGCUUCGAGACUAGUGCCAAGACAGGCUACAACGUAGACGCUCUGUUUGAGACGCUGUUCGACAUGGUGCUGCCCUCCGUCCUCAAGAAGAGGACUGAGAGAGAGGGAUCGCCCACUGUGGACCUGGAAGAGUGCGAAGGGACAGGAAAACGGGCUAGGGCCGCCUGCUGCUAGGGAUUAGGGGUAGGUGGGGAGGGAUGGAUAAACUGUUUGGGGGUUUUAGACUGACCGUAAAGAGAGGAGUUCAUGUCAUCUCUGUAUUGGUCUCCCAGGACAUUCUGAGAAUUUUCAGCGGUGACUGUUUGAUAUACACACACACACCUGCACACACAUUCUUUCAAUCAAGCUGUCAAUCAAAUUAAUAAUUAAAACAAGUAAUUUAAUUAUUCUUUCAAUGAGCCGGAAAGUACUAUAUUGGAGAGCUGGAGUAAGGCGUUCUUGGAUUUUAAACAUCUUUGAGGGGUUCUGUAUGGACUUGAGUUCAGGCCAGAAUUUCUCUGUGUAGAGCAGGGUAGCGUUUUAUGUAAUUAAUCUUCUCGGCAGAGUGGUCUCUAGCUGGCGCAGCCACAGUCAUAAAAUCUGAUUUUAAACUUAACCACACUGCUAACCAUAACCUUAAAUUAAGAGCAAAAAGCUAUUUUUUGUUUUCAUGAACUUUUAUAAUAUUGCCCAUUUUGACUUUGCAGGUGGCCAAUCUAUUGGCUCUAGGGCAAAGAUGCAUGACAUGUCAACCUGGAUAUGGGAAAUAGACUACUGGUACACAGUUCACCUGUUUAUAAAUCAAUCAUUGAAUUUUUGUUCAUGUUUUGGAACGAGAAUGUCACUAACUUUGUUUCCAUCCACAGUUUUUAUGCAAGUAAAGUCAUUCUGUAUCCCCAAAAAAAUCACAACUGUGAGGGAAACAGGACGUUUCGGUACAGUUUUAUAAAUGCCAACAGAUUUGUUCGUUUGACAUGGUGGCAUCUUUCUGUCGGCGAAAUUAAUUGCGCGAGAAAUGGAGUUGGAAAUGCCUUUAUGCGCAGAUAUUGUUAUAAUAACCAGCAUAUCGAAGUAAACUUGGAGUCACGCGAUAUGAUGUGUGUGGUCCCCCAAUACGACUCGGGAAAACGUAGUUUUAAGCUACAGAUAAAAUCAAUUAUGAUGAACCACAGGGUGGUGAAAGUGCAUGGUGAUGAGAGAGAUGGUCCUUUUCAAUAAAUAUCGAGUGUCUUAUUCUGGUGAUGUGAUUAUCUAUGCUUGACUGCCGUUUGACCAAUAAAAAUAUCCAUAAUCUAAUCUCGUAGACUAAGUCUACCCACACUGUCUCUGUGAGCUGUUGGCUAGAGCACACGUGCCAAGGCCAGAGUAGCACAUUUGAUAUUUUAACGCAAUAGUUAUGAAAACGUAAGUGAAAGUAUAUUUUGUGUGCACUACGUCAUCACGCACAUAUUUUUAAUUUUUAUCCGCAACAAAUCUGUUUGGUAAAAGCACACCACGGGUGAGAAGGUAUUCCGAUUUUCUUUUCGUGGUUAGAAUAUUCACAUGAGAAUUUGUCACCAAAUGGAUGGAAACCUAGCUACAUAUGGCAUUAUUCAACAGCAGUAAUUGUUUGACUACCAGGGUGGCCACACUGAAUUGUGUAAAUGAAUCCUAUUUUAAACAUGUUUUACUGUGUUUAACAAUCAGGCUUUACAUUUGCAUCAGGUGUGUUCUGUUGCAUGUUUUUCUUUUUUUACUGAUCCCUUUUUUUCAUGUAAAUCUACACUACAAUAUGUGUAAGAUACAAGUUUGAUAUUUUCAAAUAUAGGAUAAAAGAUUAUUCUCAUUUAGAAAUAGGGGGAUAUAGUUUGUUUGAGCUAAAGUGAGAAUGUCAAUGCAUGUACCACCAGCAGAAGUAUAACAAACAACAUUUUUAUUUUUGUUAUGACUCAAUUACAAUUGGAUUCAUAGCACAUUGAACUCAUGGCCAAUUUUACAAAAUAUAUUUUUAGUUCUGAGAAACAUAAAAAUCAAGUUCAUUCAGUGGAUAUAAAUAUACGUAGGAAUGUAAAUCAGUGCAUUUUGUGACCAAAACAAUAUAUGAAUGUAAGAUUAGGGUAAGAUUAGGGUUAUAUAUAUAUUGAUACGUACACUUGAUAUAUUGCUAACAAACAGUUUGCACUGUAAGGCCUCUUGAUGCAUAAAUGUUAUGUUACGUGAGAAGACUUGAUGUAAAGCAGAUUAAUACUGAAUGUUAAGAGCAUUUCUUCUCACUUAAACCUCAACCAAACCUCAUUUACAGUUGGUAGAGGGUCAGUGUUAGUGUCGUGGCAUUACUGUAUACCUGAAUAAAACGUAAGCGCACUUAAA